UCAGUGCCUCAGUCUGCCACUAUGCUGCGUGUGUGUCGGUCAGUGCUGGUGGUGGUGGUGGUGGUGCUGGUGGGGACAGUGCUCGGGGAAGUAGGAGGUGAUGUGGGUAUUGGUGGAGGGAACCAUCGUCGUGCCCUCCCUCUCCCUUUCACCACCACCACCACCAUCGCGGAGGAAGGGGAGCUGCCUGAUGGGGGAGCGGCGGUGGCGGCAGGUCAAGGGUCAAAGUUGGUGGUGCCUGACCUGACUAGGGUAGACUCGGCCCUCCUGAAGCAGUCACAGGCGGACAAGUUCCUCUCCCUGUGGUACAUUUACGUGCUGGACCAACCUGUGGAGACCUCCAACGAGCCCUGGACGCUGCUGGUGCCGAAGAACGAAGGGCUGCCGAGGGGUGGUGGUUUCCUCACUGAGAAGGAAGCCACGAUGGACGCCCUUCUCAAUCACGUCAUUCUGGGGGAGGCCCUGCUGCCGCCCUCCGCCACCUCCUCCUCGUCCCUCACCCUCGGCGGCACAAACUUGAACUUCGCCACUGAUGAGGAGGGUGUGGUGACCGUCAAUGGCGUGAGGCUGACUGGGGAGGAACACCGCUUUAGUGACGGCGUGGUGUACAUUCUUGAGUCCGCCCUGCCCUCCUCUCCCGCUGUUACUAAGCUCGAGGAAGGCCAGAAGGAGGUGGCGGUACCGCUGGACGGACUGCGAGGGCCGCCCGUGGUGGUGAAGAAGGAAGGUGACGGUGCUCGAAGUGGUGGUGGUGGUGGUGGAAAGGCUGCCACGACCACCCGCCUACCGCCACUCACGCAUAGGUUCGCAACUUUCAAGCCACGCCACCGCUCAUCUACCACCACAGAGCGUCCCAACCGUCCAGUCCGCCCCUCCGCCCCGCGCCGCGCCGUCCUGCAGCCUGUGUUUGGAGAGGAGCCCCUGGAGCCUGCUGACCCACUAGCCCUCGAGCCUGCAGCAGGUUCUGGCGCCGGUGGGCUGUUUGAGGAGGUAGAUCUGGGCUUGGAAGGAUCAGCCGCCCCGCCGCCAGUGUCAACCAAAAGCGACGGUCCCUUCCUGCCUGCCUUCCUCGCCUCCCUCGAAGCUGGCCCCGGGUUCAUUGCUGCCGAGUUCCUUCAUCACUUCCACGACGCUAACAUCACCGAGAAAUUCCGUGACACUGGCAGAUACACAGCGCUGAUUCCUCAUGACGCUGCCUUCUACAGCUACUACCCGAUCGACUGGGGCUUCAAUCCCUUCCUGGUGCACAACUUCACCAAAGACGUGCUGCUCAACCACUUCGUCAGAGGAAACAUCGACCUGGACACCUUGCCGUCUCUCGCGGAGCUCACCACACUCGGGGGGCGCGUCAUCAAGUUUACCAGAAGAGGAGGCAAGCUGCUGGCCAACGGUGUGGAGGUGAUGACCGAGCUUGAGAAGAUGGUGUCCAGGGGCCGUAUCUUCUUCAUCGACGAGCUGCUUUUUGUGGACUACGACAGGGUAUUUGAGCUGCAGAGCCAACAUGGUGACCUGGAAACAGCCCCCCUGCUGGGCACUCCCUGGCCCUCCUCACAGUUCCUCUCUCACCUCCUGGGCUGGUCGGAGGAGCAGCCUGAGACAUCUUUCUUUGCCGAGUACCUCAACCACACCAACCUGGCCUACCUAGUGCCUGGCCAUGAUGAGGACCUGGAGCCCCUCAAAUACACAGCCUUCAUCCCCACGGACGUAUUCGUUUCCACCUCCCUCUAUGUUGAUGCUCCUGACCCAUUCCUGCUGGACAAGGAGCUGCGUGACCACCUGGUACUGAGUCACCUGGUGUCUGGCCGCUUCUACGAGGAUGACCUCAGAGCCGCCACCACCCUCACCACCCUGGCCAACACCACCCUCACAGUCACCAUCACUCCAGAGGGUGAGGUGGAGGUGGAUGGCAUCCGAGUGAUCACCCCGCACACCUUCCUCUACAACCUGGGCAACGUGUACCUGGUGGAAGGGCUGCUUGGUGUCACGGAUGAGGACAUAUUCAAUUCCAUCAGCAAGUUCUCAAGCCUGGACACCACAAAACUGGAGGGUGGAGGAAACCUUGUCGAUGUUAGACCAUACCUGAACCUGAACCCAGAAAAGGAAGAACCACAGACCAGCCCAGCCCCAACCACCCCAAACCUGCCCCCUGCACCACCUCCCACCACCACCACCACAACCACUACCACAACCACUACCCGUGCACCCCUCACUAGAGCCACUUCCCGCCCCUCCCGCUUCACUAGUCCCAGCCCCAGCCCCUCCCCCACCACCCCUCGGAUCCGCUUUGAGACCCGCACGGAGAUCAGCAUAUCGCGGAGAGUAAAUGACGGGGCAGUGGAGACAGUGGAGCGGCGGUGAAGGGUGGGGUGUGAUGGGGAAAGGAGAUGCUGGGUGAUGGGUGGAGAGGAAGGCAAGAGUGUUAAGUAAUGGGAAGGAAAGCAAGUGUUGGGAAGUGAAGGAUAGUGAAGAAGUGUUAACAUAAUGGUUGUGCAGCCUCUGAGAGCACUGAUUUCUAUGUUUAGAUUGUAUUGUACAGAGUUGUUGUUCUAGUUUGUUCCUCAGUGGUGUUUUUCAUGCAUGUCCAUCACCAGUGCUGCUACAAUUCAUGGCUAUUAUUACUGCACUUGCUACUAUCAUUGUUGCUUCUUACUCCAGGCUAUCCUAACACGACCUUGUACGUGUGUCGGUGGCCAGACCCAUCCAGCAGAGGCUGUGGGUGUGAUGGGGAACAGUGUCUGUGUACAAAUCCUCACUAAUUGUUACUGUGUAUAGGACUGUUCAGUCACCCCAGCACGGAGGACAGGUUGUUGUGAGGUUGUCAGGUGAAAGGUGCAUCACUCCAGUGGGGGGAGGGGGGAGGGAGGGGCUGAGUGAUACCUGGACCAAGUCUUCCUGUUUUCAUUACUGUUCAGAGGCUGUAGAUGCACCAAGGCAGCCUGCCUUAAACUAUUCAAGAGUAUAUUCCAUGUAUCCAGUUGCCCUGUAUUACCGUUAUUGACUCCAGGUGACUGUCUGUCCAUCAGUCAGAUAGUACAAUGCCUGUGUUAUACACAGGGCUUUAUAUAUAUAUAAUGAAAUUAAAUGUCUACAAUUGUU